AUGCUGCAGUCCAUAACGAGAUUCUCCAAUGACGCCCGUAAGCACCUAAUCUCCCUGACUUUCCUGUCUCGAGCGCACCUUCAAAGUCGCCAGAGCAAGCCGAGUCGGUUUGCUUGUGUUGGCGUUGAGAAGAGCCUUAAGUUCUUACAGUCGACUUCGCAGAUAGCCGCAACGGUCGGUUACCUGUCGCCGGACGAGGCUGCCCACUGGCUAACAGCCAAGAAUCAAUUUGCGCUCGCACGUCGAUAUCUCCGCCUCUUCAAAUGGAUCGACUGCUGGAAUAUGGCGUAUAGCCAGUACGAGGUCUUUUCUGCAAGCGAGAUGGCCCAGUGGAAACCAGCGAAGCAGUCUCAGCCACCAUCAUCUCAAAGCAGCCUUCAUUUUCUCCUCGUCGUCUCAAAAUGGUCCUUGCUCGGCAUGUACCUGUUCUUAGAGAUGUUUACAAUUGUUGAUGCAGUUCUUGGGACUUGGAGACCUUGGGCGGUGACCACCCAAACUGAAGCGUUGAAAUUCUGGUUCUACGCGUUGUCAGUCUCCGUCGCUUUGGAUCUAUACGAACUCUUAUUUGUCUACUCCGAACCUGCAUCGGCGGGGAACAACCAACCAGCCGACCAGAGCAGGACCACCACGACCAUUGUCGAAGGGACCAAUGACAAGGGCGUGGUCCAGCCCCGCGAACGGGAACCGUCGAAAGCAAGGCAACCUCCAGCCGCGAAACGCCGCGCUAUCUUCCGGCAACUGGUCAUCGACAGCUGUGAUUUGCUGAUCCCAGGUACCGCGGUAGGCUGGUUCCGACUCGAUCCUGUCACGGUUGGCGCUGCAGGCACGGUUAGUGCAUUGCUCGGCGGUUCGGAUGUCUGGUACCGGGUCAAUGCUUGA